AUGAGAUUACCACUGAUAACUCUACUCCUGCUUUGCCAACAACUUUUUGCUUGUCAAUCAGGAUGCAAGUGUCCGACGAGAACGACGGCAGUCUGCAAAGGAUCUUCCCUACGAUCAAUUCCAAUUCUUCUGGAUCCACGUACAACAAUCCUCGAUCUUUCAAACAAUCGAAUCUCCCGUCUUUCUGCCGAUGAAUUGAGUCUUUAUCCGAAUCUCGAACAGCUGAUCCUCAAGAACAACUCCAUAACACAUUUGUCAGCUGAUGUUUUCUCGACUCUUCCUCAUCUACGUUUAUUGGAUCUCUCUUCAAACAGUCUAUUGUCACUGCCAAAUGAGGUGUUCUCGAAACUGAAAAAUCUGAAGACGCUGAUCAUCUCAUCGAACGAUGUUCAACUGGAACCAGAAUGCUUCUCUGGACUCUCUCAACUCCAUACACUAUCUCUGGCUGAUAACCGUCUAUCAUUUCUUCCUCCAUCAGUCCUCAAACCUCUUUCUGGACUGAAGAGUUUGGAUUUGUCAGCUAACAAGCUGCUCUCAAUUCCUGCAUCGGUUUUGAGCAAUCUCGGAGGAAUAGAGACAUUAAAAUUGAAACAGAACUUGCUAUCAAGUUUAGAAACUGGAAUGUUUGUGGCUCAAAAGGAAUUGAAGCUUCUCGAUAUUAGUGAGAAUUUGAUUGGAGAUAUUGAAGAAGGAGCUCUGUAUGGUCUCGAGAAACUGGAAACUCUUAAUUUCACCAACAACCAAUUGGUUCGACUACCUGGAAACACUUGGUCCCUGUCUUCUCUGAAGUGUUUGGAUCUCUCUUCCAAUCUUUUUGUUUCAUUGGAAACUGCUUCUUUCGAUGGACUUCCUUCUCUCCAAUAUCUCAAUAUCUCCCAUUCAAGAAAUUUAAAAACAAUUCAGAUGGCAUCAUUUGUUCAAUUAUCUUCUCUUCAUUGGCUCUCUGUGUCAUCUUCUGCUCUCACCUACAUUCAUCCAUCUGCAUUCAACCAGAUCCCUCCACUGUCCCAUCUUGAUCUCUCAAACAACGAACUUCGGUAUUUGGCACCAGGAAUGCUGCAGUGGCAAAACAUUCGAAACUUAUAUUUGGCGAACAAUGACUGGCAAUGCUCAUGUGAUCUUCGAGUCUCUAACCUGAAGCCACGCGAUGAUGCCAAGUGUGCAGGACCUGAGAAUCUGGCAGGAGCUCCGUUGAAUGAAUUGAACUCGUGCACUAUUUUGGGAGGACUCCUCAUUCCAUUCCUGCUAGUUAUCUUCAUUCUUCUUUUAGCCCUUGUCAUUCUAGCGUUAGCUUGCAAACGCCCAUCAAAGGGUUCUUCCUCGUCGAAAAACCGUGCAUUUUACAAUGACCAACUGAUUGCGGCUCUCAAUUCGCAUAAGGAAUACUCAUUCGACUGUCACUCCCCCUACACAAUGAGUUCAGAAGAUUCUCGAGACUCUGCUUACGAAUCACCAACUUCUGCUUUAAUGCCACGUCGUCCUCCGCCAUCAUGCCCACCUCCACCAAGACUUCUGACUCUUCCUCGUGAUGGACCAAUGCAUGUACCUCCCCCAAUCGUUCCAACGCUGUUGAGGAAUUCAAAUGAUCCUUAUUUGAUUCCGAAGUCGUCACAAGUACCAAUUUCAAGAUUAUAA